CUCUACAGUAUUUCUUGGAGUUAUUUUGUUGUACUCAGCAAAAAUUUAAGCGGAUGUUAUCUCCAUGUUUUGUCGUAAAAUAGUCUUGAAACUUACAGUUGACAAAAACGUUCACAAAAAUCUAAUCUUCAUCAUUAAAUGGAAUUCUAUGUGUGAAGCGUAAUGAUGUAAUAUGUACUUGCUGUCGUGGUCAAUAUCUCUCGUUCAUUUAACAAAAUACUGUGAAAAAUGAUUGGGGUCAAUAUUUCUCUUGCUUUAAUUUCUGCUCUCGCGAUAUUUGCAAACUUUAUCGUCAUUAUCUUGAUUGGAAAGAAAAGUGACUUUCGAAAAAAAACAAACUCUUCUCUUAUGAUUGCCCUUGCUGUGCAGGAUAUUUUGACUGCCAUCGGUUUGUGUAUAAUUCCUGGUUUUGUGCUGACUAAGGACACUUACAGAUUACCAGAAAAUAAAAUAAUGCAAGAUUUGUAUUGCUGGAUUAUAUGGUCAAGAUAUAUCACAUUUGCCUUAGCAAUUACAUCAGUUUAUACAUGUCUGAUGCUGGCCAUUGAUCGUUGGGUUGCAGUUUUUAAACCACUAUUUUAUAGAUCUUUCAGUCGAUCAAAGAAAGUCAUUUCAUCUAUGUUGAUAUUCCCGUGGUUGGUAGGAUUUUCCUUUGAAAUCAACACCGCAUCACACGCCACAUAUUAUAUGAACAAUAAUAAUAAUAUUUGUAAAUGGAAAGAUGAUGGCGUUUCAUUGACGGGAAAAGCUAUGACUUUCGUCACAUUUACAGAAUUUGAUGAACUUUGCUCGUUUUUCUUUCUGCUAGGAAUGAUAAUACUUCCAUCGAUGCUUAUGAUAUUCGUUUAUACGAAAAUCGUCAUUCGUAGUAGUUAUGGUUUCAGAAGGUCAGGUCUCUUCACUUCAGCAGCAAGAACUUUACAGCUGCGUAACAGACAACAAGAAAAAUCAGAAGGUCAUGUAGAUAGGCCAUCAAAUUCAUCUUUAAGAAGGCUCACGAAGAUCGCAUGCGCUGCGUCAACGAUUGUUGUUGUCUGCUGGUUGCCUGAUCAAUUAUAUUUCACUCUUUUCAACUUGACUUAAUACAUUUGCGAGAAAAAAUCCACAAUUCCCUGAUUAUUCUUGCAUUCAUAAACACUGUCAUUAAUCCUUUUCUCUAUUGUUUAUCAGAUAAACGGUAUGUUCGCGAGAUUGUUAAAUGUUUUCCUUGCUUUCGUCGC